ACGCAAUUUUUGCCUUGUUGGAAGGUGGUUUCAGUAGGAAGCGCUGUGACGGUAGAGGAUAUAAGAAACGCUGAGUAGAGAAACAGAAAGACAUACCCACUCAGACGGAGCCACUCACUCGAAAAAUAUUUUGUGUCUUGUCGUCGAAAGAUGUCAGUCCCUGAGGACCUUCCAGACAUGGAUGGAGCAGAUCUGUUAGGGCUGCUAAUACACCAUGGAGAUGAUGGGUUGACUGAGCCUCUCUUUCCUGAUGAGAGCGGCCUUGAAUCCUGGCUGUGUGAAGAUAUGCUGACAGGUAUGGAUACUGAAGACUUUCUGACCAGCUUGCUUGAGGGAGAGGACAACAUGGACGCCCUCUGUCCUUCUCAUUCUCCCUUGGGCAGCGACAGUGGCAUUUCUGAUGACUGCAGCACUGGGGUUGGAAACAACAACCUUCUGGGAUGCCCAAGUCCCCAGGGAAGUGACAGUGAUGUUGUGCCAAGUCCCAGCUACUCCCAGCCCAGCCCGGUGCACUCAGAUCCUGCCCUGGCCCCUGGAGACCUGCAGACAGAAAGCCCGGAGGCCUUAGCAGUCCAGGCGGAUCACAGCUACUCCCUGCAGAGUGGAAGCAGGGACAUGGAUGUCCUGCAGAGUGUGAGGGCAGAGAAGCCGGAUACAGAUGUCUUCAUUGAUCUGGACGAUUUGGUGAGUGAGGAAAUGGAGGAAGACAUUAUCAGCGAGCUGCCCUGCACUCUGGCCAUAGAGGACUCAACACAGGAUUCAACUGGUCCUAACGAAACAGACCAGUUCCAGUUUAAAGAGAUUGUACUUACUGAGGAGGAGAAGAGGCUUUUGUCAAAAGAGGGAGCAACUAUUCCCACACACAUGCCUCUCACCAAGGCAGAGGAAAGGACCUUGAAGAGGGUCAGGAGGAAGAUCCGCAACAAGCAGUCCGCUCAAGAGAGCCGCAAGAAGAAGAAGGUGUAUGUUGAUGGAUUGGAAAACAGGGUUGCCAUCUGUACUGCACACAACCUGGAACUACAGAAGAAAGUCCAAAUGCUUCAGAAACAGAAUAUCUCAUUGAUAGAGCAACUGAGGAAACUACAGGCAAUAGUGAAGAUGUCGACAAUGAAGGCCAGCACGACCAGCACUUGUGUUGUGGUGUUCCUGCUCUCGUUCUGUCUCAUCAUCUUCCCAUCAGUCAAUCCAUUUGGCCAAAACGCAGAACAGAAGAAUUCCUACACUCCCUCUUCCAGCAUCUCCCGGACCUUGCGCUCACUGCCACCAGAAAGCACUGAUGCCAGAUUCUAUGUUCAACCUGAUGAUGAGGAACUAAUCUUACUGCCCCAAGCGGAGGUGGAGAACGUUAAAGCCAUCUUCGCCGGUGGUCAGAAGAAUCACACCCCAGACUACCAGACAGUGGAGCAGCCAGAUUCAGAAACGGGAGUCAACAGCAACUCCUCGGCAGAUUUCCCCAGUUCGGCUCAGACUGCAGAGAUGGCACCGGGGCCGACUGGUGGAGUGGGGGCCUUACAGGAAGGACCCAUUGAUGCUGCAGUGGCAUCUGCUGCAGCAUAUGAGGUCACAGGAUCCAAAGAUAACUGGAUAGACCGGAACCCCCCUUCUGUCAUAUUACAACAGCACCGCUCGGAUGAGAUGUAGUAGGGAGUAAUUGAUCAAUAUAGCCAGCAGAGGGAGCCAUAUUCCUAAUGUUUUAGGUAGCAGAGGGAAGCUUGAACUAUAAUGGGGGGGAUGGGAAAAUACCAGUAGCUAUAUCAAGAUGUAUGAUCGGUCUGUCUGUCCCUACUUUUCCCCUCUAACAGCCCUCUGGUGUACUACUGUUUCUUUAUUUGCACUUAGUUCUGAUUUCCUUGUUCCAGUGGGCAAAAAAAAAAAAAAAACUAAAGUGAUUUACAUAUUUUAGCAGUGUAAACUACCUAAAUUAUGGGGCAUUGCAGAGAUAAUACACCUGCUUGCACUGCUGGAGGAAACAUAGCACUGAGUGCUCUUGCUUCACCGUACAAAGCGGUGCUUAUGAACAAAAUGUGUCAUUUAAAUUUUAAAAAUCCCAAAUGAACCAGCAGUUGAUUACUUCAAGAGAAGUAUGGCCAUAUUCUCGGGAGACCGUGUUUGGCUCUAGUCUGUCAGCAGAUUUAGAUGUUCACAUAAACUGACUGACUCUCCCAUAGUAAAUUAUUGUGAAAAGAAGUAGUCCACAGCAAACUAGCCAGGAACAUCCAUUGCACAGCAUGAAGAUAGGCUGCUUGUUUCUCAUUACGCUUGAUCACAGUUGUUGACCACAGUAAUGCUUAAAGCCAUUGCAGGACAUUUGGCCAUUUAGAAGACUUGUAAAGUUUUGUUAGUAUUUCCCUUGUAACAAGGGUAUCCACACUCCUUUUUUUCAUUUUGGAAUGCUUUGUUUUUAUGUUGUACUGUAAAGAAAUAAUGUCGUUAAACCCCUCACAUGUCAUUUUUAGCUAGUCCCAUUCAGUCCCUACCUCUCAAGUCUCCUCUUUUUCAACUUCAUGGGACAGCUCUUACCUUUCUAAACAUGUCUGAAAUACCUUGUAUCGGAAUAAGGGGUUUGAUAUAUUUGCUCAGUAAACCGUGUUGCAGUAUAAUAUAUUCAAAAAUGUAAUGACCUGUCUUGUCAGUGAGGCAUUUUUGUUAUUUUUUUGUGUAUUUCUUAUGUUACUGUUAGUAAUUAAUGGAAAUUAAAUGGUAUUGAAACUGCUUUUCAUUCUAAUCGACAGUCAGUUGGAUUUUAAAUGUUGAUCAUGUUGUACAAAUGCACUGACAUUUGACAUAGUCCAAGAAGGGAAUGUAAAUACAUUAAAAUGAUUGUAGCUCUUCUGUACAUUUGAACUCUUUAUGUAUAAGACAUGUCUGGACCUCUAUGAUAAUAAUAAACUUUUUAUAAAUCAGAA